GUCCAACACAGCAUCCCCAGCUGUCCCUCAGGACGGCACUGCCCCGCGUUCCGAUAUUUGUCCAAUUUCCAAACCUGUGUCUAUCUGUGCUUGCAUUGACGUCAAAGGAGCAGACUGGAUGUAUAAAACCCUCGGUCCUCUCCAGUCCCCGCUCACAGGGACAGUCUCCAGACUCGGCUUCGACUCCCGAUCUCACCGGCCGACUGCAAACUUUGGCUGCAGCAUCUGCGAAGAAUAAAGACAUGAAGCCGGUCCCCCUGCUCCUGCUCCUCUCCUCGGUCCUCCUCUCGUCACACCUCCGCCCCACCGCCGGCAGACCGCGCACCCUCCCCGGUUGGCUGGAUGGCAGUGGCCGGGUCCAGACGCAGCACCUGGACGAGCUGCUCCUCAGAGCGGCCGCGCCCGGUAACAGCGCCGCCUCAGAUCUACUGGGCGAGCACAUCCUGAAGUUCCUCCAGAAGAGGAACCCGGAUCCUCUGCAGCUUCUGUCCCCGGAGGAGGAGAACGAAGAGGAGGCGAGAGAAGCCCUGAGGACGGUGUCACAGCUGCUGAAACGGAGCGAAGAACCGCCUCUGUCCAUCGACCUCACCUUCCACCUGCUGAGGAAUAUGAUCCAGAUGGCCAAGAUGGAGAGCCAGAGGGAGCAGGCUCAGCUCAACCGCAAAGUCCUGGACGAGGUCGGGAAGUAAAGUCCUGUUUUAAGCCGCUGUCUCUUUAUCCAAGACCUCUGACAUUGUUUUAUGUUCGUGCGCCUGCCUUCCUCUCCAUCGUUUUACGCACAGAUGGUGCCAUUUUACGCAUCACCACAUCCGCGACUAAAUGAUCCAGAUUUAUUUGAAGGCUUAAGGAAAAUGUGGAAACGGACUAGGUAGACCUUUCACCCAUCAUGCAUUGGCCUUACAUUACCUUAAUACUGGACUUUUGGUGGACUUAAAGGAAGUAUGGAAUCGGAUUUCAAGAGCAUUUAUUGUUUAUGACUCAGUAUUGUAUAUGUAUUAUGUAAAAUUGUUCUAUGAAAAAGUGAAAUGGCUAUAAAACACAAACCAUAAGACAAGAACAAAUGACAUACAGAGGUAAAUUAGAUGGAGUCAUUUUCCAUUUCAGAUACUGGAGCUACAUGUACCCCUUAAAACCCCUUGAAUAAUUCACUCUACCUGUGCACAAGGCCUAAAAAAAUCAUAUUUGUUUAGUUAUUUACUUAUUCACCAUCUGAUCAAACUAUACGUCUGUUUGCCCUAAGAGAAAAAAUGGCAUUUUGUGUAGAUUAUUUUAUCAUUUACACUCUCAAUUCUCACUUUUUUGUCUCUUUACUUUGAGCAGGAGCACUAUCACCUGUACUGUAUCUACUGUAGCAUGCUGACCUUCAAAAAACAAAAAAGAACAAAAAAAAGAACAGAAAGAAACUUUAUUUUACUGUCAAACAUUU